AUGGUUUCAUUCGGUGUUUUAUCAUCUAUCGCAUUAUCAAGUGCUUACUUUUUCGACCACGCUUAUGCUCACAAGGUUGUAAAUUCGACUCCUAUCAGCUCUCGUGAUACAGUAUACUCCAAUGCUAAGCGUUCGCUUACAAGAUGUGAAGAGAAACUUCUUCAUCCUGAUGCAAUGAAGCGCAGACAAGAAAAGAGAGACAGAUUUAUUAACGGCCACAAGAAAAAGAAGAGAGCCAGAGAUACAGGAUAUCCACCACUUAUCAGUAAAAGAGCUGAUAAUUCAUCCUCAUUAUUUGAAGAUGUAUCAUGUAUACUUAGUCCCGAAGUAACAAUUGGGCCAUAUUAUGUUGAAGGUGAAUAUGUUAGAGAUGAUAUCACCGAAGACCAAGAUGGAGUUGAUCUUUUAUUAGAUGUCCAGCUUAUUGACGUAAAUACUUGUGAGCCAGUUCCUCAAAGUUAUAUUGAUGUUUGGCAUUGUAACUCUACUGGUGUAUACUCUGGUGUUUCUGAAGAAGACACUCUUGGCUCUACUUUCCUUAGAGGUAUUUGGCCAACUGAUGACGACGGAAUAAUGCAAAUGAAAACAAAAUUUCCAGGGUGGUAUGUAAGCCGUGCCACUCAUAUUCAUAUAACAGCGCACCAAAAUGCCACAGUUUUACUGAAUAAUACCAUAUCUGGAGGUGAUGUGAAUCACAUUGGACAAAUCUUUUUUAAUCAGACAUUAUUAGAUGAAGUAGCUUUAUUAGAACCAUAUGUCAGUAAUCAGCAAAGUAAAACAAGCAAUACGGAGGACUCAAUUUAUCAAGAAGAAAAUUCCAAUGGUUAUGAUGCUAUAAUGAACAUAGAAUAUUUAGGUUCGGAAAUUUCAGCUGGCCUUCUUGGUUAUAUUACAAUUGGUGUCAAUACAACUGCUAACUAUGACGAUGAAGUUAUCGCUGCUGCUACAUUUUCAUAA